GCCUGGACAUCUUAACUAUGGUGGAAUGGGAAGAGAUCUAAUUAUUGGGCAACCCACUGGAAGUGAGCUUGGUGGCCGUGCAGCCUCAAUUGAAUCUCGGGGGCCUAGUUCGAGAAAACGUAACCUGGAGGAAGGUGGGAGCACAGCUGACAAACCAAUAAGCAGGCUUCAGCCUGCUGACAGCAUUGAGGGAACCGUCAUUGACCGUGAUUGUGAUGAAGUUGAUGACGCCGCACAAGAUUCUGGUGCUAGGAGCAAAAGGUCUCGUUGUUUUAAUCUUUUUGAUAUUAAUCGCCCAUCUUCUUCAGGAGCUGGUCCCAGCAGAAAUUUAAGUUUCGACCUGGAUAUAGAUGUUAAUAGGUUUGAUACAUCUAAUGCUGAGGUUCCAUCCGCCCUUCGCAACCCAUUUCCAAGGGACUCUAUGAGGGAAUCUUCUGUUAUUGCAAUGGAUACAGUUCACGGCAUGGAAGAAAAUUCAAUGGAGAGUGUCGAAUACCAUCCAUGUGAUGUUGAUGAUGUUAAUAAGCCUUCUAGUGCACUCAGGAGUGGUUUAAUGAGUGACACGUUGGAUCCGAAUUAUAGCAACCAAGCACAGCAAAGCAGUUUUGUACAGCCUGCUGCUGAAACUGAAAGCAAUGCAAGAGAGAUAGGAGGGAGUAGUAUGAAUGGAGGGGAAGAAGUCCUCAAUGCUGAAACAACCCCUGCAUUUGCUAGAGAUCAACUUAGCCUGGGAGUUAGCGGGGGGAGUGUCGGGAUGGGUGCUAGUCAUGAAGCUGAAAUUCAUGGGAUUGAUGUUUCUGGGCAUAAAACUGGUAGCGUUGUCGGAGAUGCUGAUCCAAUUCCUGAGCUCAUCGAGACUAUGGGCCACACUGGUGAGUCAGCUCCUGGACCUGCAUUGAUGGAUGAGUUUGUCCCUGAAGAAGUUGGUCGAGAAGGUCCUAAUGGUGAUAGCCAAGAUAUGGCAUCUCGGUUAGCGGUUCGAGCUGACAGUGGUUCUAAAAUUUGUGGUUCAACUAAAGCUGAUUCAGUUGAGAGUGGAGAGAAGACGAGCCGUGAGAAUAGCGCACAUCCUUCUCUUUCUUGCAAUGCAAGAGUUUUUUCUGGCAUUGAUGCAUCAAAAGACGAAGUGACUGGUAUAAUGCUAACUAACGAUGACUAUGAUCCAGGAAGUGGUCUAGGAGCAACAAAUGGAGGAAACGAUUAUGAAACAGGUCUUCCAGACUUCGAUCCAAUAAGGCACCACAACGAUUACUGUCCUUGGGUGAAUGGAAAUGUUGCUGCUGCAUGUUGUAUUAGUACCGGUUCGAGCACAGCUCUUUCAGGCUGGCAGCUCACGGUAGAUGCCAUCGAGACUCUGCAGUCUCUUGGCCAGGCUCAAAAUCAGACGAUGCAGUCAGACUCUGCGGCUUCAUUAUAUAAGGACGAUCACGUCCCGCCUAGCCGGAAGCUGCUGAAAAGUGCGAACCACAGCAAGAGCUGAGCUCUGGAGCAAGAUUCUUCAAUGCUCAUAGAAAAGUUGUCUUGUCGAGGCCCUAACCUGAGCAGGGGCAAUGGCUUGCAUUUCUGUGAAAUUUGGUCUUAGUGUGGUCGUGCUGCAUUUACCGGAAGAGCUUAGAAACCAUGGACACGCGUGAUAAGAGAUAAUUCUUAGGCCGUGAUGUGUGCAGGUGACAUGGCUUGUCCCCCGCCAUCUUGCAAAAUUGUUUAUGUCAGGUUGAUUGUAUCUAUCUACAUACAUGUUAUGUUAUUUCAGUCUCCUGGAGUCUGUAACAUGUAACGUGCCAUUUCGUUGAUGGUUUGUCCUACUGAAUAAUAUUGACACAGACGACCACAUUUAUGUAUUUUGUGCGAAAACUUGCAAGGCCCU